GUUUAUAUUGGCAGCUGAGAGGAAUCGAGGAGCACGUGGUGUGGCCUGCAUUGCUUGUACUAUAUCAGGCAUUGCUAUAUCAGGACCAAUACUUCAGUCAGCCGGGCGAGGGGACAUCACACCAUCCAGCUACCACGAGCCUUACCUAGUUGACUUGCCUCUAAGGCCUUCAAUGACCACCCAGCCUGCUGCCUCUCCACACUGCUGACAGCUUGGUGCGUCCCUAGUAUGGAGGAGUCCAGGCUAAACACCUGUCAAAGAGUCCUGUCAUGUGUAUUCAAUUUUCCAGGUUUUUAUAAUUGCUUUGAGGAACCAGCACACCACAAAUAUGAGUACAGAGGACCCUGCCUGUGCUGCUGCCGACCUAGAGACAGACACUGCGGACGACAACUCAGAAGAGGAGGAGGAGGAGGAGGAGGAGGAGGAAGAGUAUGCAAAGAAAGUGAAGUCAGUCCAAGAGAAUCCAGCUUUCUACACUGAUGCCGCAGCAUACUGGAAUAACGUGCCUGCCACGGUAAAUGGCAUGCUAGGAGGCUUUGCCCACAUCAAUGCUCCUGACAUCUGUGGCUCAGAAACUUUCCUCCAGAGCAUCUUUAAAAUGAAAAACGCUCCAGGCCAUGGCCGUGCAGUGGACUGUGGUGCAGGCAUUGGCAGGAUAACCAAGCACCUGCUGCAGAAACACUUUGGCAAAGUUGACCUGGUUGAACUGUGUCAGAGUUUUUUGGACAGAGCUAAAGAAUCAUUGAAAAAUUCCCAUAAGGUUGGUGAGUAUAUGUGCCAAGGCCUGCAGCACUUUGCCCCAGACCCCAGCACGUACGAUGUUGUGUGGAGUCAGUGGGUGCUGGGGCACCUGACAGAUGAAGACCUUGAAAAUUACUUCCGAAGGAUGGCACGAGGACUCAAGCCUAAUGGUGUCAUUGUUGUGAAGGAGAAUGUCACGUCCUCAGGCAUCGUAGAACUGGAUGAACAAGACUCGUCUGUCACCAGACCCGAGAGUCUGCUCUUGGAGAUAAUAGAUAAGGCAGAACUAAGGGUCAUUAAGAAUACAAAACAAAACAAUCUUCCAAAAGGCCUUUAUGAAGUGAAGAUGUUGUGUUUGAGGCCAAAAUAAAAUGGAGAUUUUGUACUGGUGAUUGGGAAAGAAGGGGAGGCAGUAUUGUGUAUCUGAACUGAAAAUUGCUCAAGAAAAAUCCAAAUAUGAACUGAUUUAAAAAUUAAAAUCCUUUUCUCAGAUAUUAACCAGUUAAACUUCUGUAAGUACUUACAAAGUAUUAGUACCUAGUAAUCAUUAUGCCAGAAUAUGCACAUCAAUAGGAUGUGUAUUCACUGUUUGUUAUGGGGUUUUUAUCCUAAGGGCCAUCACUAUUUUUAGUACCUGCUCAGUGUGUUUCUUGAUUGUGUAUUAUGUACGGUAGUUAUCCAACUUUUUAAAUGAUAGUGUUACUCAUUACAUGAUGUCGGUUAUAUUGAAUUAUCUGUGAUCUUCUGUAGGAAUAAUGCUGUACUCUACAUUCAAUGUCAGGACACUCAGGGCUGACCAAAAUUCAUUCAUGCCUUGGAGUCACUCCUGGCCCGGCUGGUGAUGUGUGUGAAGAACUUCACACUGCUGUGAUGGUCGUGAUGGGUGUGGUCCCAGGCAAGGCUGCCCUUGUGGUAGAUUUAUCAUGCCUGCAGAUCACUUUCCUAAUGUUUCCAUCAUGUUUCCAGGCUGGGCAUUACACAAUCACACAUACUUUCUUACAUGCAUACAUACACGCACUUGUAGUGUUAAUUUACUUAAGGAUUUUUAUCACUAAGUUUUCUAGAUUAAUUCAGUGAGAUGGUUUCACACAGAGUAAAAGUAACACUGUGUAUGAGAUACACUCUUGGGUCACUCCUCAGUGUGAGGCACAUCCAUCACAUGUACGUAGUACUGUACAAAAUAGAUGACCUUUAUUUUUCUAGGGAUAGAAAACUUUUGAUACCUUGACACAUUAUGGAAGUAUUAGCAGGGCAUCAUGUAUGGUGGUGUGGGGAGCAGUUCUGUCUCCCUCCCAUGCCAGGCCUCCUGAGGGGGGGGGACGUUCUUGUUGCCCACACAACCUUUGUAAUGAACCUGUACUACAGUCAGGAUGAACAUGCAAGAACAGGAUUCUUUGAUUUGCUGAUAUUCAAUAUCUUUGUUAUAUGUGUAGAUGAUUCUUUAGAUUCUCCUUCUUGAGAUUUAGAAGGAAGCAGUAUUUAAAUCAUGAAAUUGUGCCCACAGUAAAAGAAAUUAAGAAAAAAAAAAAAAAAAAAAAAAAAAACUUUGUACUACUGGUAAUUGUGUAGCAGUAAAAUUCUUGAAAUAAGGUUUUUAUCACGUGCAUCAAAAGAUCAGAUUGAGAAACUAUUGUAAACUGUAUUUUGAAGAGUCUCUUGCCAUAUUAGAUCAAAUCCAAACCUGUAUUUUUUCCUGUUUUCCUGAUUUGAUAGACCAUAUUUACUCACCCUUGUAUAACUUAAAUAUGAUGUAUGAAAAAAAUUAGACUUCUAUAUGUAGUUGAGAUAAUAGACAAACAUAUCUUUGCGAUAUGAAACAUGUAUACAUGAAUGUCUCUACCAGGUAGUAGUGAAGACAAGGCAUCCGUGUCAGGUGUCUGGGGAGAGCAAUACCUUCCCUUCCCCUCUGUGCCUUGUCUGGUGAUGGGAACAGGCACACAGAGAAGGGAUCCCCUAAUCCCCCCACUGGAUUCCUUUGUGAUGCUGGUAAUGCCUCACAGUCUGGUGCAGUGUGUGAGUGUUGGCGGUACUGGUGCUGCAUCAUGCUUUGUGAUGCAAGACACACCAGUUCCUGAAGACAUCUUGAGUUUGAACAGACAUAAUGCUUCUUGUGUCCUUUCUGUGUCCAGUUCUAUAGUUUUCUUACUAUUCCUUAACACACUAAGAAUAAGUUAUUCUUUACUCAUUUUUCUCUACAAUAUCCUUUCUUUUCGGUUUGUAUCAUACAAUCCCAGCAAGUAAAUUGUCUUUCUAAAGCAAUGCAAAAUGUACUAGUGUAGAAUCCCAUUUAAAUAAGCCAUAAGCAUCUUGUCUCAGUCAACACUGCCACCUGUACAAUGAAAUGACGGCUGAGGUGCACACACUGCACACCUGACCUCUGGCAGGCAGACACAUCACCCAUUUGGGAUUGCUGGAAUUCAUAAGUUCUACAUUUUUUGUGAUGCAGAAAAAAAACCUUGGUGGAGGCAUCACACCUGUAAUGCCACAUUAAGGGGCAUCUUAACAAACUUUAGGCAAUAAAUCACUGAGGCACGUGAGCCGCACCCCAGAGUGCCUCAGUGACGACUCCCAUCAAGUAUCUACUCUCUAUAUUUUAUAGGAAAAGAAAUUUUCUAAGACUUUUGUGUGUGUGAUUAUUAUCACAUAAAACAAGGACUUUCACAAAUGUUGUGGAAAUAUACAGCAAUUAAGUAUGUUGAUGAAGAAUACCUUAUUUGUAUACCAUCAUGAAGUUUCCAUGCAAAUAAAUUUAUGCAACACGGCAAAUGCCCCUUCACACUAGAAAAUUAUAACCAAGGUGACAUUGUAAUUGUGAUGGAUCAGUAACAAUCGGCAGCCAAAGCAGUGCAACCGUGAUUCUUAAUAAAAAUUUGUAAGAUUUACAUAA